GGAAGUGCGGCUUUCGAAAUUCAAGCUUGACGGUGGGAUUUCGCAAUCGCGCGCGGCUUUUAUUGUGUGGUGCUGUCAGCAGCAGCUGUUGGAGCAGCGUCACUCUCUGCUGUCACCGAAGUGACUCGCUCGACUUCAGCGGCCAGAUUAGAACCGGACCUCCAUCAUCAUCAUCAUCAUCGUCGUCGUCGUCGAUCAGAUCGUCAUUGACAGGAAAGUGGAUGCGUGGCACCAUGGCGGCUCAGAAGAGUGGUGGCACGCUGCGCGACCUGCAGCUUGCUCUGCAGCUGAAGAUCGAGGAGCUACGGCAAAGAGAUGCACUGAUCGACGAGCUGGAGCUGGAGCUGGAUUCCAAGGAUGACCUCAUCCACCAGCUGCAGGUGGAGCUUGACCGGUACCGCAGAGUGCCGCAGAACCCCAGCAACCCUUCAGACGCGACCGGCCAGACUCCAGCUGGACCUGAUGAGCCCCAGCGCACCAAGAGACAGGCCAUCUCCGGCGAGCCCACGGGCCUGGACCCGUCCCAGCUGACCCACGUCACCCUCACUAGCUACCUGAAGACCAAAGAGUCCAGUGAGCUCAUCCAGAUGGCGCUGAUGGACAACGACUUCAUGAAGCACCUGGAGCACGGGCAGAUCCUCACCAUCAUGGACUGCAUGCACCCGACCAGCCUGGCCCAGGGCUGCUGCGUCAUCCGGGAGGGCGACGACGGCUCCAUGGUCUACGUGCUGGAAGAGGGGAUGGUGGAGGUGACCAAGCAGGGGAAGAAGCUCUGCACCAUCGGACCAGGGAAGGUGUUUGGAGAGCUGGCCAUUCUGUACAACUGCACCAGGACAGCGUCGGUCACAGCGCUGACGGACAUUAAGCUGUGGGCCAUCGACCGGCAGGGCUUCCAGACCAUCAUGAUGAGGACCGGACUCAUCAAGCACUCGCAAUACACCGACCUGCUGCGAAGCGUCCCGUCCUUCCAGGCGCUGCCGGAAGACGUCCUGAGCAAGAUGGCCGACGUCCUGGAGGAGACCCGGUACUGCGACGGAGAUUACAUCAUUCGCCAGGGAGCCACCGGAGACACCUGCUUCAUCAUCAGUGACGGACAGGUCAAAGUUUCUCAGCAGAACUCAUCAGGUGACAAACAAACGUCGGUCAUGACUCUGAAGAAAGGAGACUGGUUCGGAGAGCAGGCGCUGAAGGGUGAGGACGUGCGCACGGCGAGUGUGACAGCGGUGGGCGAUGUCACGUGUCUGGUCAUCGACAGAGAGUCCUUCAAGCAGCUCAUCGGAGGUCUGGAUGACGUCAACAACAAGCAGUGCGACAGCGAUGAGUUCUCGGCCAAACUGCAGGUGGAGCUGGACUUCUUCUCUCGAGUCUCGCUGAGCGACUUCGACAUCAUCUCCACGCUAGGAGUUGGAGGCUUCAGCCGAGUCGAGCUGGUUCAGCUGAAGAAUGACUCGACUCGAUCGUUUGCUCUGAAGGUCCUGAAGAAGCGGCACAUCCUAGACACCAGUCAGCAGGGUCAUAUCCUGUCGGAGCGCCGCAUCAUGAUGGAGGCUCACAGCCCCUUCAUCAUAAGGCUCUACCGGACCUUCAGGGACGCCAAGUACCUUUACAUGCUGCUGGAGGUGUGUUUGGGAGGAGAGCUGUGGACCCUGCUGAGAGACAGAGGAUCCUUCGACGACAGCGCCACGCGCUUCUACACCGGCUGCGUGAUCGAGGCACUGGCGUCGCUGCAUUCCAGAGGAAUCAUCUACCGAGACCUGAAGCCUGAGAACAUCAUCCUGGACCACAGAGGAUACGCCAAACUGGUGGACUUUGGCUUUGCUAAGAAGGUUGGACUUGGGAAGAAGACCUGGACUUUCUGUGGGACUCCGGAGUAUGUGGCCCCCGAGAUCAUCCUAAACAAGGGUCACGAUAGCUCGGCGGACUGCUGGUCCCUGGGCAUCCUGGUCUUCGAGCUCCUGAGUGGAAGUCCUCCCUUCUCUGGUUCUGAUCCGAUGAUGACUUACAAUAUCAUCCUGAGAGGUAUUGACAUGAUCGAAUUCCCCAAGAAGAUCACCAAGAGCGCUGCCAACCUCAUCAAGAGGCUCUGCAGGGACAACCCUUCAGAGCGCCUGGGGAAUCAGAAGAACGGCGUGAAGGACAUCCAGAAGCACAAGUGGUUUGAAGGAUUCAACUGGGAAGGUCUUCGGCAGGGAACCAUGGACCCACCAUACACUCCUACGGUGGCCGGGCCUCUGGACACCAGCAACUUCGACUUCUUCCCUGAAGACUCGGACGACCCGCCACCUGACGACGAGUCUGGCUGGGAUUCAGAGUUCCAGCAGGGUUGAGGUCACUAGAGGAGGCAGAGCUUUCGGACAUCGACUGCUGUGGAGGAGAACCUUUGAUUGUUUGAUAUUGUUUACUUCACAAAAGAACACGUUGUUGACUCUGCUGUGAUGCAGUCGCUUGUGUAGUCGUGUGCCGAGUUCCACGAGAGUGGCAGGGUUCAGUGGGGUCUCAUAUCUGGAAUUCCAGGUGAGGCCACGUCUGCUCUGUCUGGUCCAGGUGGAAGAUGGUGGUCCUGCUGUGGAGACUGGUGGAGAUGGAAAUGAGGAUGAUGAUGAAGGUGCUGCUUGUUGGGAACUUUCAAACACGCUGUUUUUUUCUUUCUCGCAGAACCUGUGUGUGUGUACUUCUAUAUCUUACUUUUAUGUCCCUAUCCUUUUGAAGACCUUAUGCAGGCCCAAACCUCUGUUUGAAGAUGAAGACUUCAAAAUAACUGGGUCAUUAUAACUGGGUUUCAGAGUCCUGGU